AUGAAGAGGACCCUGACGUUCCUGGUGGUAGCUGCGGUGGGCGCAGCCGUGGGCCAAGAGUACGGAGGAGGUCAUGCCCUGUUCGUCAGAACGUCGCCUGCAGACGCGCACUCGAGAGUCCAGCGAGCUGCUCCAACGUCGCCCGCAGACGUGAUGGCGCAAAAUAUCCUAGAGUGGAUUCAGGGGAUCUACCGUCAGGGCGCACGUAAAACCCGUCAGCAGUCGGAUCCUCCAGGAUACCUGCCACCGUACAGCACGCAAAGGCCGCCAGAGAGACCCAGACCUUUCCAGCCACCCUCGACCGGCCAACAACCGGGCUACUCGUCGCCCACGCAAAACGAGGUGACCAAUUACCAGAGGCCGCAGACUGGUUUCCCUUCGCCGAACGCUGGCUACCCGUCCGGUCAGCCAGCCACCGUUCAAAAUCCACCCUUCUCCACACAAAGGCCGACGUAUCUUCCGCCAAACAGUCAGUCGCCUUACGGACCUUCGUCCACCUCGUACAAUCCCCGGCCAGCGUCCUCGCCGUCCUACUCGAACGCCGGUUCCUCUGCCUUCCCGCCGUUCGGCUCCACCAGGAGCUCGACGACCUAUUUGCCACCCUCGGUGACCAGCCCCCGACCACCUUCCUCGAACACCCCUCAGAAUCCUCAGCCGGGCGGAGUGUCCACCAGCUACGGUUACUCAACCUCGACGUAUGGAAACGCGAACACCGGUGGAUACUCGUCCAGCCCCAGCGGAUUCUCCAGCACCUACGGAUACUCGACUCAAAGGCCAUCUUAUGCUCCGUCCGCGGACGGAAGCGCCAGCACCGGUUAUCCGGCUCCCAGUGGAUAUUCUUACGACCAGGGCGCCGCGGCUGGCUAUCCUUCGUCACCGGGAUAUCCGUCUUCGACUCCCGGUGGGGCGUUUCCGCCUCAAGAGACCGGUGGUGGAUCCGGUGGUCCCGUCACCGUGAAACCUACGUCCGGCGAAGGCAGCAGCGGGACCGGAACGACCACGGGGACGGGCCCAGCCGAGGACGACGACGACUCGAAACACCCUCCGCACAUUCAUUCCCUGGACGUCGAGUGCAGCAAAACCAUGAUGACCAUCAACAUCGAGUUCAACCGCGCUUUCGACGGGGUCAUUUACUCCAAGGGAUAUUUCAUGACUCCGGAAUGCAGAUACGUGGAACAAAACUCCGGGCAGACGAAAUACUCGUUCACGGUGAGCCUGGAUUCCUGCGGUACCCAGUUCAUUAACGAUUUCGCCGGCGAGGCUGGCCAGGCGUACCUGGAGAACGUACUGGUGUUGCAGAACGAACCAGGCAUUCAAGAAGUCUGGGACACGGUGAGAAGGGUCCGUUGCCUCUGGGAGGGGAACAUCAACAAAGCGUUGUCGGUGAACUUCUCCGUGGACAUGCUGACGCAAGAGAUAGUCACUUUCAGCGGCGACACCGCGGUCGCCAAGCUGGACAUCCAGGUUGGAAGGGGUCCGUUCGCGCCCACGGCCGAUGGCCUGGUGAAAAUCGGUGAAACUAUGACUCUGGUCGUCACCGUCGAAGGAGAUCCCGCUUUCGAUCUUCAGGUACGCGAUUGCGUGGCUCGCGACGAGUCAUCCGCCAACACGAUACAACUGACGGACGAAAGGGGUUGCAUAUUGAAACCGAAACUGUUCGGAGCGUUCCAGAAAACAAACGACACCGGAAACACGGGAGCUUCGAUUAUCGCCUACGCGUUCUUCCAAGCUUUCAAGUUCCCCGACGUGAUGGAUCUGUUCAUCGAGUGCAACGUCGAGUUGUGCAAAACUGACUGCGAACCGUGUCCAGAAUCGAACCAGCAAAUUGAACCGGGUAGACGGCGUCGUUCGAUAAAUUACACGCCAUCGAAUACUUCAGCGGUGCUGCUGUCGGACCCGAUACGCGUGGCGCGUGGCUUCAGGGUGAUCAUGGAAGACGAUUUAAGCGAAGCCAGCAACCAAAUAUUGGAGCACCUUGCGCAAACUACCACCGAGGAGGUUCUAAGAACCACAACAGACAUUUGCAUGACUAACGCCGGUUUUUACACGGCCAGCUCGUUAAUGUUGAGCACAGUCGUCCUGACGACGAUCACCGCCGUCGUGCUUUACCUUAAAUUGCAACGAGUUUACAGAUCAAAGUGUUUGAACUCGUAGAAAAUUGAUUUCGUUCCCGUUCUCGAUCGAGCUUGCAACCAACGAACGCCAGGGUGGCAAUCGACCAUCUUUACAGUUACUAUUCCUUAAUUAAAGUCGACGAAAUGGGAUAUAAUAUUUUCGAGAGCGUGUUAAAUAAUAACCUGGCUCAAAACUUUAUAUUUACAAAUCGAUAACUGUAGGAAACUGAUCGUACAAGCCUGAUGAAAGGUUACUUAAUUGCCAAGAUAAUAACUGGCUGCGCAAACCACCCUAAAAUUUUUGUCGAACGUCAGUGUACUCUAUUUGUUAAAUAUUUAAUUGUCUAUAGGUGGUUUUUGAUUAUUUACAUCGUUGAAAAUAUUAACGAGUCGAUCAGCGUUAUUUGCUACCCUCGCGACACAUUUCUUGCACGUUUGCAUAACUUGGAUCGCAAGUAUGAUAAUAGUUACUCGACUGUACAGCCAUAUAUCACAUAUCGACCUACGAUAUAUCGAAUCGACGUGAUUGGCAACUGUGAGAAAAGUUGCUUUUCACGUAAUUGCGUACCGAAUACGACGAAAU